AUGGAGCGAGAUACAGUGGUAAUAGGGGGAGGAUUUGGAGGCUGCUAUUUGUUACACCUCCUUCGCAAGUAUGGCUAUUCAGCGGUUCUGCUGGAAGCCGCUCCAAGACUCGGAGGAGUAUGGGCUACAAGUUGCUAUCCAGGGGCUCGAGUCGACUGUGAGCUUCCUUACUACGGCUUCUCUGAUCCAGCUAUCUGGUCGACGUGGAAUUGGACGGAGCGAUUUCCAUCGUACAGAGAGCUCAGGGAUUACUUCGUCCACGUCGACAAGGUCUGGGGUCUUUCCCAGGAUGUUUUAUUCAACUCGAGAGUGAACCAGGUGGUAUGGGAAGAAGACUCCCAUACCUGGUUGAUAAGCACUGCCGAUAACCAGAAGUUCAGAAGCACAUGGGCACUGGCAGCAACAGGAACGUCUUUCAAGCCCAACAUCCCCGAUAUUAAGGGGAUGGAUCGCAUCACGGGCCAGAUGCACCAUUCCGCAGCGGUCGACUGUAUCCAAGUGAUGCAAGAAUCCGCCAAGGCUGCGUCUCGCGUCGUUCAAUAUAUCAGGACACCGAACUUUGCCGUUCCAAUGCGGCAGCGCCAGAUCUCCGAAGACGAGAUUUAUCAUUCAAAACCGCACAUCCCGCAUGUGUUCAAGGCUUGCAAGCAAAGCCCUAGUGGUUUACCGUUUAGUCGUGCAACUCGAAAGACGUUUGAUGAUUCUGAAGCAGAGCGGCUAGAAGUCUGGGAGGAGAAUUGGAGGCGUGGGGGAUUCAACUUUGGCCUAGGCAGCUAUGCGGAUACCAUCAUCUCAAAAGAAGCCAAUUAUGCAGCCUAUGCGUUCUGGAGGGCAAAGAUUCGAGCUCGAAUCACUGAUCCUCAGAAGGCAGACAUACUUGCACCCGAAACACCGCCAUACUUCAUAGGUACGAAGCGACCGAGCCUGGAGCAAGACUAUUUCGAAAUGUGUGACCGACCUAACGUUGACAUCAUCAACAACCCGAUCACUGAAGUGACAAAUUCGGGUAUUGUAACCGAAGAUGGAAGGACCAAGGAAUUCGAUAUCAUUGCCGUUUGUACCGGUUAUGACGCUGUGACCGGUGGUUUGCGAACGAUGGGCAUUAAGGGCCGCAAUGGGCUCGACCUUGGAGACAAGUGGAAAGAUGGCGUGAGCACAUUUCUUGGGAUGACCGUAGCCGGCUACCCCAAUAUGUUCAUCGUCUACGGGCCGCAAGCUCCGACUUCCCUGACCAAUGGACCGCCUUUCAUCGAGCUACAGUGCGAGUGGAUCCUGAAUGUCCUAAACAAGCAACGAGACGAGAAAUUGACUACCGUGGAGGCGAAGAAGGAGAGAGAAGAGGCCUGGAGAGAGCACACUCUAGAUCUAGCGAGCAAGACCUUGUCAGUACAGACGGACUCAUGGUGGACGGGUGCCAACGUGAAAGGCAAGAAGCGUGAGUUCCUGUUGUACAUGGGAGGUAUGCCGGUGUUCUUCGAAGCCGCAAACAAAGCGCUGGAAGGAUGGAGCGGUUUCGAUGUGAAACCAGUAAGCUAG